AUGAAAAUGAUUCCGAUAUGUUUGCUGCUGAUUAUAAGGAAACUACGAAUGAUCGCAAUGAAAAUUAUCAACCUAACAAGUUUAAAGUAAAUGAUGAAUUUGACAUGUUUGCAGAUGAUGAUACAUUCGUUAAUGUUACUUCACCAGAGAACAAAAAAUCCACGAAGUCGAUACCCGAUGUAAAAUCCGUUCCUAUUGUUGUACAUGAACAUGCCACGGGUCUCGUGGAUAACUAUGAUGAUGCCGAUGGGUACUAUCGAGUUCUGCUGGGCGAGAUACUUGAUAAUCGUUAUCACGUGUAUAGUCACCUUGGUAAAGGAGUCUUUAGUUCUGUUGUCAAAGCAAGAGACACCAAGACUGAAGAAGAUGUGGCCAUAAAGAUCAUACGAAAUAACGAUACGAUGUAUCGGGCCGGUAUGAAAGAAUUAAAUAUACUCAAAAGACUAAUGGCAGCUGAUCCUGAAAACAAGAAGCAUGUGAUUCGGCUGUAUAGACAUUUUGAACAUAAGGGUCAUCUGUGUUUGGUAUUUGAAUCAUUAAGUAUGAAUUUGAGAGAAGUAUUGAAAAGAUUUGGUAAGGAUGUUGGCAUAAAUAUAAAAGCUGUUCGUAUCUAUGCUCAGCAACUCUUCUUGUCAUUAUCACUCUUGACAAAAUGCAAUGCAUUACAUGCUGAUAUCAAACCCGACAAUAUAUUGGUAAGCGAAUCCAAGAACACUUUGAAGAUGUGUGAUCUUGGAUCCGCUUCCGAUGCAUCAGAGAAUGAAAUUACUCCCUAUUUAGUCAGUAGAUUUUAUCGAGCUCCCGAGAUUAUCAUCGGGCUGCCUUACGAUUUUGCAUUGGACAUGUGGUCCGUAGGAUGUACCCUUUAUGAACUUUACACGGGAAAAAUUCUCUUUCCAGGUAGAAGUAACAAUCAAAUGUUGAAACUUAUGAUGGAACUUAAAGGCAAGUUUUCCAACAAAACCCUUCGCAAAGGGCAAUUCACAAAACAACAUUUUGAUGAUGAUUUUAAUUUCCUAUAUCAUGAGACGGAUCGGAUAAGCAAUAAGGAGGUAAUUAAGGUUAUUGUCAUAACAAAACCUGUACGUGAUCUUAAAACACGCCUGCUAUCGAAGACUUCACACAUGACUGAUGAAGAAUUGCGCCUCCUGACAAGCUUUGUCGAUCU